GAGUGAUCUAGUAGUUCACUGGCAGUAAGCUGGUAACGGGGCAUCUUCAGUGCAAGGUCUGACGACUGGAAACAAUUACUGUAUAUAUCUGUCAGGCCGUCGGUAACGAUUGUUACAUUGAUUAUCGGUGAUUCCAGAAAACUAAUUUGUUGAAGACUAAACGUGAAAAUGGCUGACCAACUGACCGAGGAGCAGAUUGCUGAGUUCAAGGAGGCGUUCUCCCUGUUUGAUAAGGAUGGGGACGGCACCAUCACCACCAAGGAGCUGGGCACAGUCAUGAGGUCACUGGGUCAGAACCCCACAGAGGCCGAGCUGCAGGACAUGAUCAACGAGGUGGAUGCUGAUGGAAAUGGAACGAUCGACUUCCCAGAGUUCCUGACCAUGAUGGCGAGGAAGAUGAAGGACACUGACAGUGAGGAAGAAAUUCGGGAAGCCUUCAGGGUCUUUGACAAGGAUGGUAAUGGUUACAUCAGCGCGGCAGAGCUAAGGCACGUGAUGACCAACCUGGGGGAGAAGCUGACAGACGAGGAGGUGGACGAGAUGAUCAGAGAGGCCGACAUCGAUGGAGACGGACAGGUCAACUAUGAGGAGUUUGUCCAAAUGAUGACGGCCAAGUGAAUCUGCAGUGUGUGCUCUCACACCUUUCUCUAUUACACUGCUUGUCCUCCUAAGAUCACUCUUGUCUUUUAAGAAGAAAACUAAAAUCUAAACAACCAAACCACUGAAGAAUGGAAACCAAGAAAAUGCACUCCCCAGAAAUAUUUAAAAACGAACAACCAAAAAAUUCUGUGAACGUGAAUUGGAGAAACUAUCGCACCACAGUUCAGAGUCGUCUAUUUAUAGAACAACCACAUCAUGUGGUGAAGUUCUAGAGAAGUUUCUGGAUCAAGCUGUAAGCGGCGCAUCCAUCCAGACUGGGACCCUGGUCCAAUCUCACU